AUGUGUGUUUCACCUCAUAUUAGAAAGUUAAAUAACGGAAGACCACCAAAGUAUCCUGAAUUAGAAAAUGAAAUUUAUAAUAAUGGUAUUUUAACUUAUACUAAGACAGAUUGUAUUCAACGCCCCGCAUAUAAUUUGGUCGCUCAAUGGAUACUUCAGGCAUGGAAUAAUAUUGAUCCUAACCUUAUACAAAAAGCUUUUAAGUAUUGUGGUAUAUCUAACUUACGAGAUGGCACAGAAAAUAGCUUAAUUUUUGAUUAUGAUAGACUUGGUCAACAUACAAACUCACGUAAUCAUAUAUAUAUGCAAGAUGA